AUGGCGAGCCCCGCAUCUCGCUUGGAGAUUAUCGCGGCGAGUCCGAGGAGUGCAGCAGCUGUUGCGCCGUCACCAAAUUCGGGUUCUGCUAGGGUUUUGAAAACUCCUUUAACCGAUGAAGCCAUGUGGAAGCGGCUCCGAGAAGCUGGGUUUGACGAAGACUCCAUUAAACGCAGAGAUAAAGCUUCGCUUAUCGCGUAUAUUGCGAAACUAGAAGCCGAGAUAUACGAGCACCAGCACCAAAUGGGUCUUCUCAUCAUGGAAAACAAGGAGUGGCUGUCAAAGUAUGCAGAUGCUAAAGCUGCAGCUGACUCUGCUGAGUUAAAUUUGAAGUGUGCUCGGGCUUCUCACGCCUCAGACUUGGCUGAAGCCAGAAAACUAGAAGACAGACUCAAGAAAGCUUUAGGCAUCGAGAAAGAAUGUGUUAAGAAUAUUGAGAAGUCGUUGCAUGAGAUGCGUGCUGAAUAUGCAGAGGUAAAGGUGGCUUCUGAAACAAAAUUUGCCGAGGCAAGAAGCAUGGUGGAUGAUGCAAUUGAGAAACUGACAGCGGCUGAUGAGAAAUCGCGUGCAGCAGAACUUCUGGAAGCUGAGGCUAAAAGAUACCAUCGAACUGCCGAAAGAAAGUUGCAUGAAGUUGAAGAACGUGAAGAUGACUUAAGGAGACGUAUUUUGUCAUCAAAGUCCGAUUUUGAAGCUAAAGAGAAAGAGAUUGAACUUGAGAGGCAAUCAUUAUCUGAGAAGCAAAAAGUUCUACAGCAUACUCAUGAAAAGUUACUCGAUGGUCAAGCUUUGUUGAACCAGAGGGAAGAGUAUAUUUUUAGCAAAACUCAAGAAUUGAAGAAAUUUGAGAAGGAGUUGGGCGAUUUAAGGCUGCAAAUUGAUAAAGAACGUACAGCCUUAAAUGAAGAGAAAGUGGCUCUGGAGCUAAAAGCAAGUUCUUUAACAGCAAGAGAGGAGGCUGUUAUGAAAAGAGAAUAUGAUCUUUUCAGGAAGGAGGAAGAGGCACUUUUGUUGCAAUCUAAAAUCUCCACCAGGGAAUCUGACAAGGUUCAACAAGCAUUAUCUAAUCACGAAGCAGCUUUAGCCUUGAAGAACUCUAUUUUCGAGGCUGAAGCAGAGAAGAAGCGCAAAUUGCUGGAUGAUGAGAUUGAUGCCAAGAGGCGGGCUUGGGAGUUGAGGGAAUUAGACAUCAAGCAACAGGAGGAGCUCAUCUCAGAAAAAGAACGUGAAUUGGAUGUCAAAUUGAGACGCAUUGAAGAAAACGAGAAGGAGAUGGUCGAAAGGUUAAGUUCAAUUGAAGAGAGAGAAAAUAAACAAUUGGCUGCUGAGGAAGUGUUGGAAUUAGAGAAGAACUCUCUCAUCAAAGAGAAAGAUGAGCUAAGGCAGAAGCAGCUCGGCCUAGAUAAGUUAUCUAAACUGCUGAAAGAGAAAGAACAGCAUAUUAUUGAUGCAGAAGAGAAAACAGUUGCGCUGAGGAGAGAAACAGAUGAACUAGUGGCGCUUGAGUUGCGACUUAAAGAAGAGAUUGACGUUAUUAGCUCACAAAAGCAUGAACUUGAGGCUGAGGCAGACCACCUCAAAACUGAGAAGGCGAAGUUCGAAGCUGAGUGGGAACUAGUUGAUGUUAAAAGAGAAGAACUUGCUAAAGAAGAAGAGCGUAUUGCUGAGGAGAGGCUGGCCUUUUCUAAGUUUUUGAAUGAUGAGCGUGAGAGUUUAAGAGCAGAGAAGGAAGCAUUGAGGGAGCAAUACAAAUACAAACUCGCAUCACUUGUCCGUGAUCGAGAGGCAUUCAUGAGUGAGCUCGAAAAAGAACGUGCAGACGGGUUCAGUAAGAUUCAAAAAGAACACGCAGAGUUCUUACUGGAUAUCGAGCUGCAAAAAAAGGAAGUGGAUUACUGUAUCAAGAAUAGGCGUGAGGAGAUUGAGAAUUACUUGAAGGAAAAAGAGAAGGAAUUCGAAGGGCAGAAAAGUAAAGAACUCGAGCAUAUUAGUUCACUCAAAGAAAGAGUUGGAAAGGAACUGGAGCAUAUAAAUUCUGAGAUGGAGAGACUUGAUGCCGAAAGAAGAGAUAUAAACCUGGAUCGUGAAAGGAGGGACCAAGAAUGGGCUGAGCUUAAUAAUUUAAUUGAAGAACUUAAAGUGCAGAGGGAGAAGUUGGAGAAACAAAGGGAAUUGCUGCGGGCUGAUCGAGAGGAGAUUCUUGCUCAGAUCGAAACCUUGAAAAAAUUGGAGGAUCUAAAAGAAAGAUUGGACUCUAUUGCUGUACAUGAGAUGCACCAAUCCAACUUGCAGUCAAACAAGCAAAAAUUAUCGACUGGAAGAGUUGCGAGUAAAGAAGAAAUAGAUCCAACUGAUCAAAAUGGAAAUAGUAAUAAUGGAUUCGGGCUUAAUAAAGCAUCUGGUUUAAAAGAGUCUGAUAAGUCGUCUUCUCCUCUUUCGGUUCCUUUAUCGUGGCUCAAACGAUGUGCCGAUACGCUUCUUGAGCAGAGGCCAAGCAACAAAAAAAGGAGGGAAGAAAAACACAUAGCAAAUGGGUCAGGGGAUACCACCCCAUGUACACCUCAGAAUCACUUUCCCGCACCCAAUAUCGAGCCAGCAGUCACGCAUGCUUCAACGGGUGCAGAGACUACUGUAUAUAUUGAUAAGAUCAUCACAGUUCAAGAAGUAACGACGGUUAAUGUUGAAAGAGACACUGAGGACAGUAAGGAGGUUGCUUUAUGGCGUGAUGAUGAAAAUGGUGGGACGGAGUUGGAGAUUAAUGGCAAGCUUUGA